AUGAACAAUCGCCAUGGGACUAUCUGGUACCAGUCUGUCGGCACACCGGCGGCAGGGAAAAGGGACCUUCACGAGGCAACAUUGAACCCCACAAAAAGGCAGAAGUCGGACUCAGCUGCCUGUGAUGACGGAUGCCACGAACAGGACCCAUGGACCGUAUACAAACAGAGAGCGGUGGUUUUUUGCGGUCGCUAUGUUGCGCUAGCCCAUCAUCGAGAGCACCAAUCGAAAAUCGUCCACAUUGAGCGUCUUUCUAUUGACAGGCCUGGUACGCGAUAUCUCAUACAAACAGUGGAGCGACUGUCCCACGAGAGCUUUCUCAAAUUACUCGAGGCCUAUUACUACGAGAACCGACUGUUCUUGGUGUGGGAGCCGGUCGAGCUGUCGGUGAGAGAAAUUUUAGACGCCCGGGCGCCCAUCAAUGAGCCACAGCUGGCGCAGAUUAUAUUACCGAUACUCCAGGGAAUCGUGUUCCUUCGCGAAAAAGGAAGAGCACUCGCCAAGCUGGACUCGAAAGCGAUCCUGCUAAACAAAGAUGGGAUUGUGCGGCUUGGUACGUCUUCGUGCCCCCAAACCGGGUAA